CUCUGCCUAGCUUCUUUCAGGCACAGUCCAGCUUUCACACGUGCCUUUGGUGUGGCAAGGAUUCCGCCGUGCCUGAGGGCUGUCCUGCCCAUGGCAGGCAGGACCUGAGGGGCCUGCUCACACUGUGUCCAGGAGGACCCGUCCCUGCUCUUCGCUGUCACUGUUAUUGGGAUCACUGUGCUCCUGUUUGCCCUGAAGAGCAAGAACGUGAUGAAGAGUCGUCACAUCACCUUACAGAACUCUGAUACCAAGUACCCGCUGCCUUUGAUUGAGAAAGAGCAAAUCAGCCACAACACUCGGAGGUUCCGCUUUGGACUGCCCUCCCUGGACCAUGCCUUAGGGCUUCCUGUAGGUAACUAUGUUCAUCUCUUGGCCGAAAUUGAUGGGGUUCUGGUGGUCAGGGCUUACACACCUGUGUCCAGUGAUGACGACCUAGGCUUUGUGGACUUAAUCAUCAAGAUCUACUUCAAAAAUGUACAUCCUAAUCACCCAGAAGGGGGGAAGAUGACUCAGUACUUGGAGAACAUGAAAAUUGGGGACACCAUCCUUUUUCAAGGGCCAUCUGGGUGCCUGUUCUAUCAUGGGUCAGGGAAGUUUGUAUUCAAGCCAUACAAAACGAGUGAGCCUGAAACUAAACUGGUGCGUCACCUGGGAAUGAUUGCUGGGGGCACAGGGAUCACGCCCAUGCUGCAGCUCAUCCGCUGCAUUGCCAGGAAGCCUAGUGACAAGACCGUGAUGUCCCUCAUCUUCGCCAACCAGACAGAGGAGGAUAUCUUGAUGAGAAAUGAGCUUGAAGAAGUUGCCAGAACUCAUCCAACGCAGUUCAACCUGUGGUACACACUGGACAGGCCUCCUGUUGACUGGAAGUACAGCUCAGGCUUCAUUACCAAGGACAUGAUCAAGGAGCACCUCCCUCCGCCUGGGAAGUCCACGCUCAUCCUGGUGUGUGGUCCACUGCCCCUGAUCCAGACAGCUGCGCACCCUAACCUGAAGAAACUGGGUUAUACCAAGGACAUGAUUUUCACCUACUAAAGCCUCUCUUGCUCUUUCCAAAUUUGCCCGGUCUUGUUCAUGGUUCACAGUGAGCUCAACUUCACCACAGUAAACUGGGAAGUAUCCAAAGACCCUUGUCAUGGACCCUCGGGUGCGCUGGCACUCCUCUCUUUUGGUGUGGUUCAAGAGGCAGGAGAUAAAGGGGCUUCUGGGGCCUCCUUGCCUGGUGAGGUUUGAAGGCACUCCCUUUCAGUAUCUUUUCCCAUAGUUUAGUGAGAUAAAAUUCAGUGCAAGGCAGAUAGCCCAUGAGUGAGGGUCUGAGGGUGACCGGCUGGACAGGUAGAAGGCCUUGGCUUGCUCCACAUCUGAACUGGCAUCUUGUGCCUUGGGAGGUCAGAACUGUCAAAAAUGCUGGGGCAGAACUCCAGCAGAAUCCAAGCGGGGUCACGUCAACUUGUGAUCAUUUCUCUUGACCCCCUUUUUUCUAGAGUGCAGUUUUUAAGGUAGACCUAUUAGAGUGCUCAGGCGCCCUCCACGUGCACUCUUCCUUCUCUUGUAGGAGACCCUUGAAAUGCAAACAGUGUUUAAAAUACACAUCAGGGCAGUAGUCAAGGUGGGCCCCGGGAAUCCUAGAUUCCUUGUACUCGGCACAACAAAUGGAGGUAAGAGGUGCAUCUUUGUUAGCGUCCUCUAAAUGCGAAGUCCUAUUCUGGAGUGCGGGGUGGGUUAGGGGUGGUUAUUACAAAUACCUGUGUAUUAACUUUGUAUCCUUCAACUUCACUGAAUUCACUGAUAAACUCCAGUAACUUUCUGGUCCUGCCUUUAGUACUUUCUAUAUAUAGUCAUCUGCAACAGUGAGUUUCAAUUCUUUUUCAAUUUGGAUUCAUUUCCUUUUUCUUUGAUUGCUGCAGCUGGGACUUCCAAAACAGUUGGAUAAAAAAGGUGAGAAUGGAUAUCUUUGUUUUGUUCCUGAUCUUUGAGGGAAUGCUGUCAGCUUUUCACUGUUGAGUAUGAUGUUAGCUAUACCUAGCCAUGAAAAGCUAUGUAUAGCCUUUAUUAUGUUGAUGUAUAUCCUUCUAUGCCCACUUUCUGGAGAAUUUUUAUCAAAUGGAUGUUCAAUUUUAUCAAAAGCUUUUUGUGCAUCUAUUGAGAUG